AUGGGCAGCAAAUUAUCUCCACUUUUGGCUGAAGUUUUCAUGAGCGACUUGGAAGCAGAUUUGGAGAAAAGAGAAAGACUUUUCCCACGUGUCUGGUGGCGCUACGUCGAUGACAUCCUUGCCUCGGUAAAGGAGCGUUAUCUCACGCAGACUUUAGACCUUCUAAACUCCAGACACAGUUCGAUAAAAUUUACUGUAGAGAAAGAAAUUGAUGGAAAACUCCCUUUCCUUGACCUCUUAAUCUCAAGGAAAGAGGACAACAGCAUAAAAUUCGGAAUAUAUCGGAAACCAACCUCAACCGACCGAUACAUAACAGCCGAUUCCAACCACUUUGGUGCGCAAAAACAAGCCGCUUUCCAUUCCAUGGCGCACCGCCUGUACAAUAUCCCAAUGGAAAAGGCAGAAUUUGAAGAGGAAAAGAAUAAAAUCUUUGAGGCGGGUUUUUUGAACGGUUUUGACAACGAAUUUGUCCUCAAAAUUCUCCGGAAACAUGCCAGAAAAAAGUUCCGAAGUGAUGCCACCACCUUUAGGCCAGAGAAAGAAGAACCCUAUAGAGUUAGCCUGCCGUUCCACCCUAAACUAACUAAUGGGAUUACAAAAAUCCUUUCUCAACAUGGCCUGAAAACAGCAUACAAGAGCGGCAACACCCUUAAGGAUCGGUUGGUCUCCUUGAAGGAUAAGAUCCCGCAAGAUGAGAGAUCCGGAAUUUAUGAAAUUCCCUGUGAGAGUUGCUCAGCUGUUUACAUUGGCCAAACUCGUCGUAAAUUUAAAGUUCGACUUAAAGAACACAGAAACGCUGUAGAUAACAACAGGGCCAAUGAAUCCAGCGUAGCUGCCCACGCAACGGAAAUGGGUCACUCCAUCAACUGGGAAAAAGUGUCCUAUAAGAAAUGUGUAAGAAAAGCCUCACAUUUGAACGCAUGGGAGUCUAUGUUCAUUAGCACUUCAGAGAAACCGCUAAUGAAUGAAGAUGACCCACCAAUUAUGUCGCCGCUUUUCAAUUUAAAAAGGAACCAUCCUUCGACGAAUACUAUGACACUCGUAGUACGAUCCUGCCAGUAA